CACCAGAGGAAGAGGAACUACGCAACCUACGGGGUGAACCGGGAGCUGGUGUCCAUCUUAUUUACACCGGUGAGAUUGCCAAAUCUUUCAUCUGUCGGGUUUUACAGGAGUGUACACGUUGAAAGCCGGGUCUUCAGACAUGAGCAGUUCAGAAGAAGUGUCAUGGAUCUCCUGGUUCUGUGGACUGAGGGGGAAUGAAUUUUUCUGUGAGGUGGAUGAGGACUACAUCCAGGACAAGUUCAACUUGACAGGGCUCAAUGAGCAGGUUCCCCACUACCGCCAGGCCCUAGACAUGAUCCUGGACCUUGAACCAGAUGAGGAGCUAGAGGACAAUCCCAACCAGAGUGACCUGAUCGAGCAGGCAGCAGAGAUGCUGUACGGCCUCAUUCAUGCCCGCUACAUCCUCACUAAUCGAGGCAUCGCACAGAUGUUGGAGAAGUAUCAGCAGGGAGACUUUGGAUAUUGCCCCCGUGUUUAUUGUGAGAAUCAGCCCAUGCUUCCUAUUGGUCUGUCAGAUAUCCCAGGAGAGGCCAUGGUGAAGCUAUACUGCCCCAAAUGCAUGGAUGUCUACACACCUAAAUCCUCCAGGCACCACCACACAGAUGGAGCCUAUUUUGGCACUGGUUUCCCUCACAUGCUCUUCAUGGUUCACCCUGAGUAUAGGCCCAAGAGGCCCGCCAACCAGUUUGUCCCAAGGCUUUAUGGGUUUAAGAUCCAUCCCAUGGCCUACCAGCUGCAGCUGCAAGCCGCCUCCAGCUUUAAGAGCCCUGUUAAGGCCAUUCGCUAGAGCGUCCAGGACGGAGGAGGAGGAGGAGGAGGAAUGAGGAAGAUUCAUAGAGAGAAAGAGAGAAGACAUGAAAGAAUUAUCAUCAGAAGGGCAGGGGUCACCUGCAUUUUACAAAUCUCUUCAGAUGUCCCCUCCCCACGCUGAAGACUGUAUUAUUUUGGUUUAGAUUAGGGCAAAUGAAAACAAAGUGUAAAGAGUUUUGAGUGUGAGCGAGACAUAAAAACGCACAGCCAUGAUCUUAACCACAAACACACAUGCACACACACAAACAUUUAAAAAAAAUACAUGAAUGCAGCCACACACCUGGGAUUCCAUACACAUACCUUACCAAACUCAGCAGUGCCAAAAACAGGAGGUGAAGUAAGAGGAAGCUGAACAAUACAGGGGCUCCGUGCUGCUGCACCUGUUCACUCACAAUACAGCACACUGACGAGAAACCUAUAUUAUCAAUGGGUGACACCGCAGGGAACUUUCCCUGUAGAAAAAGGUUUUUGUGUCUGGGGUUUUAGACAGCUGAGUCAGUUUUCACCUCCGAUUCUGCGUUUGUUCUGUAUUUGGCACAGUUUGGUAAAGGGUGGUGGUAAACCCUCCCGUCAUUUGAAGCCUCCUCUCCCUAUUGGCCCCUAAUGCAUGUACACUCAGGCCGGCACUCCCGGGGACAGUUUGGACAGUGGCAGUGGGUGUUUUUCUGUAACAGUUGUUUGGAAAAAUUUGGUUUGUCUGAUGUUUUGUGGUGUUGCUGCACAAAGCAUUCUGUUACAUUUGCCUUAAGAUGCGGAGAAAACACCCAGAUUGUUUUGCUUUACAAAAGGCACGUGCAAAAAUGGUUUCUCUUUUAAAUUUCUUUCUGCUGUUAGAGGAGGUAGAGUAGAAAUAGAUAAAGCUAACAUGACUUUCUGAAUAGUUCAGACACUUGUAAUUAGCCUGUGUCAUUUCUCCAGCUGUCUGUGAGUGUGUCAAACAACUGUCUGUAUUGGUACCGGAGUGAAAAUAUAACCUGUGCUGCAUUUUUUUUUUUCUUUUUUUUUUUUUUUCUCCCAC